AUUUGGGACCAUAGGGGAUGAAUUGUUACAAACGAACGUUUUGAAUUGCGUAUAAAAUUGCGACUGAAACUAAACUCCAUGUAGAUUUAAGGGAAAUCUGGAAUGUCAAUUGGCAUAUAAUUUCAUAUUUCACUUUAGUAAUUAAGUAAAUACUCUUUUAUAUAAUAUUAUAUUUGAUUGGAGUAGGCUAUGACUGUGUGCGAACAUUAAAAUAUGGCAGCUGGUGGUGAUGAUUUUGAGUCAUGGCUUAGUUUAAAAUUGAGAGCAUUGAAUACUGAUGAAGGUGUUUUCGGUUCGUAUAUAAGAGGAAUCUUGGAAGGAGAAGAAACACUCGAAGAUAAAACAGAAGCUUUGGAAGGUAUACUUUCAGAAAUAACGGAAGAUGAUAUUCCUACACAUUGUCGAGAAAUACUGGUAAAAUGGAAAAGUGUAUCACAAACCACAGAUGUGGUAACAGUAAAUAAUGCAGACUCUGGUGAAGACAUGGAUGUGAAACUAGUACGACUUCUUGAGUCACAGCCUCGGCCAACCACCGUGCAGCGAACAUAUACAGAAGAAGAACGAAAGAUACGUGAAGCCAUAUUGGCACAAUAUAGCCAGAUGUCUGAUCAAGAUGAUGACGAUGAAGCAGAUCAUCCGAUUGAAGGCAAAGAGAAUGGUUUGGUCAAGAAUACAAAUUCUGCUGUAGUUCAGCAAGCUGAAAAGGAAAAAAGAGAGAAAGCUAAAUUAGAAAGUCAGAAGAAGAAAGAAAAAGAUAAGGAAGACAGGGAGAAGCAGAAACAGCAGCAACAAGAAAGAAAGGAGAAACGAAAGACACAGAAAGGCGAAAGGCGAAGAUAGCAAGAUGAUGCAGCAGUAAUGUGUGAGUGUAUGUGUUGUGUCAUUUUAAUUUAUUACUGUUGGCUCAUGUGUUCUGUGAGUAGCACUUAUAGUUUUAAAUUUCGGCGCGUCGUUGUAUAUCUGUAUUAGUACUGCAAUGGACACAGCUCGUUUGAGACCUCAUUUCAAGUGGCAGUCUUUGGUAUAUCAUAAUUUUGGGGCUCAGAUUUUGGUCUCAGUUUGUCAUAGGAAAACUCUCAUGUUUGAAUAGGACAGAUUCCAGUAAUGGUUUUGUUCCUUUGUGUUUCUUAAGCAUUCAUAUGGCGUAUGCAUGAUAUACAUAAUCGUAAUACAUGUGACAGUUUGGAUAUCUGUAAAUAUCUUAAGGGAAAAGAUUUGAAAAUAUAUCAAUUAUUUGUUGUUAUAUUAAUGGCAGUAUAUGAUUUCCUUUGGCUCACAAAUGUAUUGAGGUACGUGAUCUGUAGAUACUAAAUAUAAUACUCAGUUGAAUUUUCAUGAUGAGGUUCAGAACACUAACAUAUAACUGAGAAUUACUUCUUCUUUUUUAAUACAGUUUGUUCCUACAUUCUUAAAAUACUGUCAUAUAUUACAGGGAUCCUCAGGUAGGAAAGUGAUGAACAUCACUGUUUUAAAUAGUUUCAAAACUUUUAAUUUAAUAGAUUUAUGCUGAUUGAAUGUUUUGAAAUGAGUACAGGAUGGAAGAUUUCUGUCUUCUGGGUUGUUGCGCCGUGUAGUCUGGUCGAUGUUUAC